AUGGGGAACAGUUUCUCCAAUUUGGGUGCCUUCCAGUCCUUGCACAUAGUCAUGCUCGGCUUGGACUCUGCGGGUAAAACCACCGUGCUGUACCGGCUGAAAUUCAACGAGUUUGUCAACACUGUGCCCACCAUCGGCUUCAACACGGAGAGGAUCCGGCUGGGCGGCGCGGGGGCCUCCAGGGGCAUCAGCUGUCACUUCUGGGACGUCGGGGGCCAGGAGAAGCUGCGGCCCCUGUGGAAGCCCUACAGCCGCUGCACGGACGGCAUCGUCUACGUGGUGGACUCCGUGGACGCCGAGAGGCUAGAGGAGGCCCGGACCGAGCUGCACAAGAUCACUCGGUUCUCGGAGAACCAGGGGACCCCGCUGCUGGUCAUCGCCAACAAGCAGGACCUGCCCCGGGCGCUCGAUGUCGGGGAGAUAGAGAGGCAGCUGGCCCUGGCUGAGCUGAGCCCCUCCACCCCGUACCACGUCCAGCCGGCCUGCGCCAUCAUAGGAGAGGGGCUGGAUGAGGGCAUGGACAAGCUGUAUGAGAUGAUAGUGAAGAGGAGGAAGUCGCUGAAGCAGAAGAAGAAGAGGCAGUGA